GCGUCCGCCAUGCCGCGGCGCCCGCGGCCGCCCGCGGCGGUCGCCACGGCGGGCCGGCGGGUCCGGUGCUGGACAAGGAAGAUGGCCUGCUGCCCUACGCGCCGGACGCCAUGCAGGUCCCGGAGCUCGCGGUGCUCAAUCUGGUGAAGCCGCCGCUGCCCGCGCUGGCGCACCGGGACGAGGUGGUGCAGUCCGUCCGGGACAACCGCGUGACCAUCCUCUCCGGGGAGACGGGCAGCGGCAAGACCACGCAGGUGCCCCAGUUCAUCAUCGACUCCCCCGGCUUAGUUCCCGAAGGCAUGUGCGUGGUGGUCACUCAGCCACGACGCAUCGCCUGCAUGACGAUAGCGGAGCGGGUGGCCAAGGACCGCGGGCAGACGGUGGGCGAGGACGUGGGCUACCAGAUCCGCUUCGUCAACAGCACCUCGCCCGAGACGAAGUUGAUCUUCUGCACCACCGCUGUGAUGCUUCGUAAGCUGCAUAGCGACCCGCAGUUCGACGAGGUCGCGGUUCUCUGCGUGGACGAGGUGCACGAGCGCGACGUGUACACAGAGUUCUUGCUGAUGGCGGUGCGGGAGCGGAUGCUGCGUGGCGAGAUGCGGCUGAAGCUGGUGCUGAUGUCGGCGACGCUCAGCGCGGACACCUUCACCGACUUCUUCCGCGAACUGCGGACCGCCACGAUCUGCGGCGAGGGUCCGGACCCAGACCCUGAAUCUUGCGUGAAGAUACAAGGCCGCAUGUUCCCCGUCAAGGAGGCCUUCCUCGAGGACGACGCCCUGGAGUGGACCGGGCACUCCCUCCCGAACGCGGAGCGGAUCCAGGCGGCGACCGUGAGCACGCUGGAGCAGCGACUCCGGGACGAGCGGGGCAGGGACUUCCCCGAGUUCGUUGUCCGCUCGCUCGCGGCGGCGGGCGAGAAGGCCGUCCAUCUGGGCCUCAUGAAGGACCUGGUAUUGCUCUUUCACGACACGGCGACCAGGUUCAGGGACGAGAGUCGUUGCGGCAUCCUCGUGUUCCUCCCGGGCUGGGCGGACAUCCAAGGAGACUUUACCACCGACUGCAGGGAGUGCCCGGCAUCUAUCCUCUCAUGUUGCACUCCAACUUAUCUCCUGAAGACCAGCAGCGGGUGUUCGACGACCCGCCCAAAGGUCUCCGGAAGGUUGUCCUCAGCACGAACAUUGCAGAGACGUCCGUGA